GGCAUUAUUCAGGGCAGCAAAAAUCAUCGGGGUCCUCGGUCGAAGGACCUCGCGAGGAGGUAAACAAGCGAUGUUGGGUUAAUUAACGACCAUCCAUCGAUUUUACCGCAAUUAAGUUUGCGUGUGAUCGCGAUGGCAGAAGAUAAUGAGCUGGAAAAGCGUGCAGUGGAGGAGCUCCUCAGGGAGACUGACAGAGCCCGCGUGAGAGCAGAGACCAUGGGCCCUGCAGGAUGGUUGAAAUGUCCUCUGCGAAGCACCAACAAACGCUUCCUCCUCAACACGCUGCGCUCCACCGGCCUGCAGCGCUGCACUGGCGAGCCCGGAGCCGGACACUCCACCGCAAGGGGGCGCCUGAGGAGCGAUUCCCCAGACAGAGGCCGCAGCAGGACGCCUCCCAGAGAUCACAAGAGUAAUGGAGGCCACAUUGAUCAUAAACAUCAUCACAGGGACGGCCGCAGAGACAGAGAUAAGAAGCUGGAUAGAGACAAAGACAGACGCCACGGAGGCGACAGAGAACGGAGACGCACUGAUAGACCGAGCCGAGACAAAGACGCGCACACACACACAAACUCCACGAGUUAAAAUAGCCCAACUGUGUGUGUGUGUGUGUGUGUGUGUGGACUUAAACCUGAGAGGAUCUGCUGACUUUGCUCAGAAUGAGCUACACGAAACUUUAAGUUCUUGUUACACCGGAUUGUAAAGGUGGACAAUUGUCUCUCAUGAUGGGUUCAGUUGCUGCCCCCCUCUCCCCCCAGUAAACUUUUGUCUGAAUAACACAUCCCACACGUUUAUGUUCUUCAUUCUCUUCAUCAUAGUUUGAUGCAGUUAUGCUUCACCCAUAAGAGCAGGCUUUGUUUCAAUCAUAAUGUCAUUACCAUUUUUCUGUUAUUAUUCACUAGCCAUGAUGUUUACAUAGGCCACGCUGCAGUCGCCACUGGGUAAGCACAUGUUAUCGCCUGUCCAACUUUUUGACAUGUAUACACCAGCUAUCACAAAGGGUUUUGUUUGUCAAAGGAGAGAGGAAAAAAACUUUGUUUUCCCGACACUCCUACAUGCGCCUGUGCUUGUGGUUCAGUGGUCUCCAGAGGAUUAUGUGUGGCAGUGAAGUAUUUUAACCCUUUAACACAUACAGUAUUUUCACCUUUUGUAAGGUUUGAGGAUGGGUGGACGUUUGCCGAAGCCUUCAGUGUCCUCUCCAUUUAGCCUCCUUUUUAUUUUUUACUGUUUCACAGCCUUAUAUAAACGCGACAAAUGUCAAGCUCUUUGGCCCUGAUUACACACGGCUCAAUUACAGCCGUGUGUCACUCCUCGCUUAGGCCAUUACAUAAGGGGAAAAAAAAAUCUGCAGCUUGAAAGUUGGCUAAAGUGCAUCUGAGGCGCAUCAUGCUUCAUAAAUCACGUUGUCUCCACUGUAGAGGAGAAUGGCUCUGGUUAACUGUUUCCUUCCUCUUUGAAACAAUAAUCAAAUAUAAACACCAUUAAGCCAUAGUGCAGGCGGUGUUUUGUGUAGAAUUGGUUUACUUGAACUUUAUUGCAUCGCUGAGUGCCCCAUUAAGAUACAGUCGAAAGUGGCAUAAUUGCUUCUGAAGAACUCCGGGCAAAUACGGUCUAUUGAUACACACCAGCGAGGUAAAAGCCCGAUCUUCCUGUAAUUUUUCCUGAAAAAUAAGUAAAUCGCGUUCGUCUCCGCGUUGCGUAAAGGCGACACCGGAGAGCUCGAGGGCUGUGGAGACACGCUCCACGCGCACGGCUGUUAAUUGAGUUCAGUCCAGUCACUCCAGCCUAAUUGAUUUAAUGGCGCGAGCACACGCCGCCGCUGAAGCCUAAUGACCAGCAAACACCGGCGAGAGUGCAGCGAGCGAAGUGGCCGCAUGAGCUCUUGUUUGUUGUCGCCAAGAUACCUGCGUGCGGAGAUCGUGGGUCCAUGCGUGCGAAAUGGUGUUAAAUGAUGCAUUUACAAAAGUAUAAUGGGCGCGUUUUAAACGUUAGAGGGGGGGAAAGCAGAUAAAUGAAAAAAGUGGGCUGUGUGUGGUGUUUGAGCUUUUCGCCAGAGUUUCCAAGACAACUGUUUCUCCAUCCACGUCUCUUAUCUGGCGGGUCAACCAAUGUUUGCGCCCAUACGUAUCGAUUUAUCAACCUUAGUGUGCACACGAGAGAUAUAUCCAUAUAAAAUGUCGAUGGCUGUGCUGUUUGAGGACAAUCCAGCUUGCCUUGCGUGAGAUUCGUGCUCCUUCCAGACGCUCUUGAUUAAUAACUCCCUCUUUUGCCCCACAUGUGGAAGGAGCAGUUGCACGGUCACCUGUUUUUGUUGUUGUUGCUGCUGCUGCUGCUGCUGUUGGGGUCAGACACAGGUGGAUGCCAGGUAAACCUUGCGGUAUUUACAGAGUACCAUUGAUUUACGCGCUCUUGUUCAGUUGGCUGGGAAAAAAAGCUCACAGAGCUGCAGAAUAUCCUGGAAACUGGGAGCUAUCGGCCUGCCGUUUUUGAGCAAAUAGUGAAACCAAUGGCUUGGGCGCUACAGGAUCACAUGGUGGCAGAGUGACACACCUGUGUGGAGCAGUAAGGGCCUCGCAGUUGCGCCUGAGGCAGGUAGGGCUGAAGGUUUACGCUGAGGUAGGGCGCAGGUUACGGUGCGUGUGUGUGCGCAAACGGCCCCCCUGCAGACACGGGUCCUCGCCAGCCAUGAAUCGGGAAGAUCACUUUUAUCCCUCUCAGGUUUUUAAAGACUCCUGCGCGUACCAGAGAUCACAGGGUGAUGACUACAGCCACAGCAGCCCGCCACCCUGCCUCUACAUGAGCAGGCAGGUCCACUCCGUCUACACACCGCCGUCCAUGGGAGCCUUGGAGCAGGCCGGCCUUCCUGACAUUGCUACCACUUACAGUUUGCCGAGUAUGCGGGAGGAACCUGGCGUACCCCAGCUCCUCCACCACCACCAGCACCAGCAGCAACAGCAGACGCUCCAGCCGCCUCCAGGCUACAGUGACCCCGUGGAACAGAGCAGAUAUCACCUGCCAUUCCCCUGGAUGAAAACCACUAAAUCCCACUCACACACCUGGAAAGGACAGUGGGCAGGGUCAUACGUGAUGACUGAGAAUGAAGAAAACAAACGCACGAGGACUGCGUACACGCGCGCCCAGCUGCUGGAGCUCGAGAAGGAGUUCCUUUUCAACCGCUACAUCUCGAGGCCGAGGCGCGUGGAGCUGGCGCUGACCCUCAGCCUCACCGAGCGCCACAUCAAGAUCUGGUUCCAGAACAGGCGCAUGAAGUGGAAGAAGGAGGAGGACCGGAGGAGGGCGAGGGGGGCCGACCCCGACCAGGACUCCUCCAUCACCUCUGGAGACCAGGGGGAGGCCGCUGGAGGGGUUUCCUCCUCAAACGGACCACACCCCACCACACCCCCCGUGUCCCCUCUGCACGGUCUGUCUGCCUCCGGCUCCAGAGAGAGCGCAUAGAUCCAGCGGAUAUAUUUUUAAGACUUUAAGAUUUUUAAGACUCAGACCUGAACUCAUAUUUAAGGGAUCAUUUUAACUUUGACUGAAACUCAAAUCCAAGUUUUAGGAAACAUGUACAUAUAUUUUUUUUCUGAAAAGAUUGAUGGUAUUUAGGGGUGGGGGGAUAUUUCUGUAAAGUGCUCGUUUACAGGGACCCUUCAGAAAUUUCUCUUGGACCACCAUAAGCCCCCUGACUGGAGUCCACAGUCUGUUGAUUCAGGACUUAUUUACUGACGUUUCUUCAUCGCCAAACAUCCUCUGAGAUAGGUUCAACACCAGAUGGCACGCGGAGACAACAAAUUCACGAACUCCUUUCCCGACA